GCCAAUCGCGCCAUGCCGCUCUUCACCGAAAAUGCCUCUAGCUGGCGUGACCUUAGGGUCCUGCCGUCGUUGGCUCCCCCACUGCCUCGCUUGGCACCGGCAUUCGUACCUUCUACGCCGAAUGAUGUGGAACGAUAUGAAGUACUCAUUGUCGGAGCCGGACCCGCCGGGCUGAUGCUCCAAUUACUCCUCGCAAGGUACGGCUUAACUGACGAGUCUCUUCUAUGCAUCGACUCGAAGCCGAGCACCCUCAAGUCCGGCCAGGCCGACGGAGUCCAGCCCCGCACAUUGGAGGUCUUCAAGACCCUGGGAAUCUCCGAGGAGAUCGAGCGAGAGGCGUGCCAGAUGUGGGAGUUUGCCUUCUGGAACCAGGCGGAGAGCCCCGGCGGCAGCCACAACAUCAUCCAGCGACAGACCGUCGUACCGCAGGUGAUCCCGCCGGCCCGGUUCCCGUACGAAGCCACCAUCCACCAGGGCCGCAUCGAGCGCAUCAUGGACCAGGACCUGCUGCGCUACUCGCGGCGCGGGGUGCUGCGGAACACCAAGCUCGUGUCCCUGCGGAUCGAUGAGCAAGGCGACGCGGAGUUUCCCGUGCUGGUGGAGAUCGAGGUCGAUGGCACCCAGCGACGGACUCUUCGCACGAAGCACCUGGUCGGGGCGGACGGGGCGCAUUCGAUGGUCCGCAAGGCCGUCGGGCUGCAGCUCGAAGGCCAGUCGCUCGACCACAUCUGGGGCGUGGUGGAUCUCGUGGUCGACACGGAUUUCCCGGACAUCCGCCGGCGUUGUGCGAUUCACUCCCGGGCCGGUUCCGUCAUGGUCAUCCCCCGCGAGCGCAUCUGUACCGGUGAGUACAUCACUCGCAUCUAUGUGCACGUUCCGGGCCUCGUGGACCCCGAGGGAAAGGAUGCGGAUGCGGACCUGGGGAAGGAUGCAAGGGGCAGACGGUCGCAGGUGACGCUAGAAGGGAUCUUGAAGCAGAUCGAAGACGUGUUCCAACCCUACUAUAUCCGGCCCAAGAGGGACGAUGCGGUUGAUUGGUGGGCUGCGUACCAGAUCGGGCAGAGGGUCUGUCCUGAGUUUAUUGUGAAGGAUAAGACUGGGGUUGGUAGGGUGUUUAUCGUUGGUGACGCGUGCCAUACACACAGCCCGAAGGCCGGCCAAGGCAUGAAUGUAUCAAUGAUGGACUCAUAUAACCUAGCAUGGAAGCUCGCUUACCACGUCAACGGACUCACACCGUCUACAUCAGGGAAUACGCUACUCGACACAUACAACAUCGAACGCCACGCCAACGCCCAGCAACUGAUCGACUUCGACAGAAAGUUCUCUACCGGCUUUUCAGAUAAAGUGGGCACGGCUGAUUCCAAGUCCGGAAUUUCUCACGCCGAAUUUGUCGACAUGUUCAGCACCGGCUGUGAGUUUACCAGCGGCUGCGGCGUCGAGUAUGUGGAGAGCCUGGCCGUCGACCGGACGCCUUCGCCUGGCACCGCGAAGCCCGUCGUCAGCGGCCAUGACUACCUCUCCGGCAUUCUCCGGCCUGGGCGCCGCUUACUCAAUGUCAAGCUGAAGCGAUUUGCGGAUGGAGCGCACCGGGAUAUCCAUGACGACUUAGCAUCUACCGGGCGCUUUCGCAUCCUGUCACUCCUCUCCGUCGACCUACUGACUCCGAACGGCGUAUCCGCAACUGCGCUGAAGGACGUGGCGGGCCUGAUUCAGCAAUUUCCCCCGUCGCUGCUCGAGCAGAUUGUCUUGCAUCCCGAGUUACCUGGUGCGGUAUCCUGGACCAAUAUUCCGGCGUGUGUAAAGAAGCACGCGGAGAUGUCAUUUUAUAGUGGCUAUGAGGUGGCUGAUGCGUAUGGGAUCUACGGCGUUGAUCCCGCGCAUGGUGCACUCGUGGUUGUGCGGCCGGAUGGGUAUGUGGGCAUGGUUGCGUCCUUGGGCGAGGUUGCUCGGGUUGAUGGGUAUUUGGGUGGGAUUCUGGCGCGCGUGGCUUAGGUGACUUUCUUCAUUGGAGAUGAUAUGUUUCGGUGUAUUGUUGUCGACGGGAUUAAGGACAUGCCCGCAAGUUAGAUACGUCUUGUCCCCACUGCCUGCUUGCGG